CCUUUUAUAUUUAGCUCCCAGCUAAGCUUGGCUUCUUGUUUUCCCUCUCUAUCUCUCUCUCUUUCUCCGCCCACCCCCUCUCUUCCUCUUCCUCUCUGACUUUUCCAAUUCCCCGAAAUUACUUGAACAUAGAUGAUGUUCUCCAUUAGGUACAUUCUGCGCCAAGGCCUCAGACCCUCGUCGUCGUCGUCGGCGUCGGCGGCGGCGGCAUUCUACUCCUCUCUAUCUUCAUCAGCAGCUGCAAUUGAAGCAGAGAGAACCGUCCUGCAAGGCCCCCGAAAUGACUGGACUCGUGACGAGAUCAGAGCCGUCUACGACUCUCCUGUUCUCGAUCUCCUCUUCCAUGGAGCUCAGGUUCACAGACAUACGCAUAAUUUUAGAGAAGUGCAACAGUGCACUCUCCUCUCUAUCAAGACUGGUGGCUGUAGUGAGGAUUGCUCCUACUGCCCUCAGUCCUCUAGAUACGAUACCGGACUCAAGGCACAAAAGCUUAUGACUAAGGACGAUGUAAUGAAAGCAGCUAAAAAGGCAAAAGAGGCUGGUAGCACACGCUUUUGCAUGGGUGCUGCCUGGAGGGAGACAGUAGGAAGAAAGACAAACUUCAACCAGAUCCUUGAAUAUGUGAAAGAAAUAAGGAAUUUGGGAAUGGAAGUGUGCUGCACCUUAGGCAUGAUAGAACAGCAGCAAGCGUUAAAACUUAAGGAAGCUGGCCUGACAGCUUAUAAUCACAAUCUAGACACCUCAAGGGAAUAUUAUCCCAAUGUCAUUACCACAAGGACUUAUGAUGACCGCUUGGAAACAAUUAAGUAUGUCAGGGAUGCAGGAAUUAGUGUGUGUUCAGGAGGAAUAAUAGGGCUCGGAGAAGCAGAGGAGGAUCGAGUUGGUUUGUUGCAUACAUUAGCAACACUUCCAUCUCACCCAGAAAGUGUUCCCAUAAACGCGCUGAUUAGUGUGAAAGGGACACCUCUUCAGGAUCAAAAGCCAGUUGAAAUAUGGGAGAUGAUACGCAUGAUUGCCACAGCACGUAUAGUCAUGCCAAAAGCCAUGGUCAGACUGUCAGCUGGCAGAGUUCGUUUUUCAAUGCCUGAGCAGGCACUGUGCUUUCUUGCUGGGGCAAAUUCAAUAUUUACUGGUGAAAAACUAUUGACCACACCUAACAAUGAUUUUGAUGCCGAUCAAGUUAUGUUCAAGGUGCUUGGACUAAUUCCAAAACCUCCAAGUUUCUCUGAUGAAUCAGCAAAGGCAUCCGAGGCAGAAGCUUGUGAGGAUGCUGUUUCCGUUUCAGCCUGAAAUCAUAUACAAAGAGGUCUCAAAUUGGCAGAAGGGAACAUUAGUCAGACUGUGAACUUUUUCUGAAUGAGAUGAUAAUGCAAUACUCAGAGUUGAACCGUGAAUCCUUCCUUACAUCUUUAGUCUCUUUACAGAUACCUGAGUGUUGCAUUCUGUUAAGUGUACUGACCUUAAUGCAAAAUGAAUAAAAAUGGCCAUCAAGUAUUUUACCUGAUAAUUGAUUAGACAGUGUAAUCUCUUCAUUUUUGUUGAAUUGAUUCAAAUUGUGGAGGCGUUCAAGACA